AUGCAAAAUUUUCAAGUUAAUAUUCAAUUACCGGAUACAAAAUUAAGUGAUAUUAUUUUGGAUAUAACAAAAUCAUUUCUUGAUUGUCGCUGUCCGAAAUAUCGUCUAACAUUAUCAUUACCUCAUCCUGUUGAUCCUGAUAAUUCUCAAGCAAAGUGGGAUAAAGAUAAAUGUUUACUUCAAAUAACACUAAAACUUGCUCGAGAAUAUGAUGAUUUCAAUUUUUAA